UUUCUGCUUUGUAACUGUUUGCAUGUGUGUGUGUGUGUGUGUGUGUGUGCCAGCUGUUUGCAAUGGAAAAAACAACAAUGAUGAAUUGGGGGGAAAAAAGUUGGUCAUUUCAAUGUAUUUGUUACAAAACGGCGUUUAUGGCUGCAUUGCCAAGAAUAUGGCAACCUUUUGUAGAAGAGUUGGAGGGUUAAGUAGUGUCACGCACACACGCGAUUUGAUGUUUGAUUGUCCCCGCCAGGCGGGGAAAGGUUGCAUGUGUUCGUGUGCCCGCCCGGCCGGUUUUUCAAGUGAAGUUAAUCAAGUGCACACUGCACUGCAGCAAAACCGCGUUCAUUUGUGUCGUCCUUCAUCAUAUACAACGCGUAUAUAUGUUUUAUGCGUUGUUAAUUAAAAUCAUUCGCUUUUUACAUUGAAUUUUUUAUUUUUUUUAAAACAACAACGCACGAAUACAGGGUCUUAUCCCGGAAGCAGACUGUGGCGACUUCCUGUUUCGUCAUCACACGUGUGUACGCGUCCAGACUCGAAUUUUUCCAGUCGAGUUGAAAACAAGAAUAAUUGAAGACAAGUUUCAAGUUCGCCAUGUUGGAGCAACUGGGCCUGAUUGGAACCAUCCGGGACGAUGAGCAGAGUCCGGAAGAAGCUGACAGCGAGUCCGAGCAGGAGGAAGAACCGAUCGUCCUCAACCGGAAGAAGAAGUUCGGCAGCCAGAAGGGCGGUGCCAGAGACUUCAACGGCGACUUUGUGUUCGGCGAACGAGACGCGCUGGACCGCGGAGACGACUGGGCCACGGCCGACGUCAUGAAGCAGCUCAAGAAGAAGAGAAGUCUCACCACUCUGGACCAGAAGAUAGAGAAGAUCCGGAAGAAGAGGAAAGCAGAGGAGAAAGCGUCUGUGGGUGAAGACGAUUCUGAGGAGGAGGAGAAAGAAGAGAAGGUGGACGUGAACUGUCAUGAUGAUGAUGAUGAUGAUGAGGAGGAGGAGGGUGAAGAGGACGAGUUUAACUCUGACGACGAGCAGAUUCUCACCAAAGCAGACACGCUCCGGGAGAAGCGACAACGUGGCGGGAGGAAGAGGAAGGCAGACGAGGAGGAAGAGGCGCAGUCGUUCCACGAAGACGCGUCACAGUUUGAUGACGCGCUGACCUUUGACGACAUGAACCUGUCCAGACCCAUCCUGAAGGCCAUCACGGCGUUGGGCUUCAAGCAGCCCACCCCCAUCCAGAAGGCCUGCGUUCCCGUGGGGCUCCUGGGCCGAGACCUCUGCGCCUGCGCCGCCACCGGCACGGGAAAGACGGCCGCCUUCGUGUUGCCCCUGUUGGAGCGCUUGGUUUACAAGCCCAGGACGUCCCAGGUGACCCGGGUGCUGGUUCUGGUUCCCACCCGAGAGCUAGGCAUCCAAGUUCACUCGGUGGCGCGGCAGCUGGCGCAGUUCACCUCCAUCACCACGUGCCUGACUGUCGGUGGUCUGGACCUGAAGUGUCAGGAGGCGGCGUUGAGGGCGGGCCCGGACGUCCUCAUCGCCACGCCGGGCCGACUCAUCGACCAUCUCCACAACACUCCCAGCUUCGAGCUCACACACAUCGAGAUACUCGUCCUAGACGAAGCAGACAGGAUGCUGGACGAGUACUUUGAGGAACAGAUGAAGGAAAUCAUCAGGCUGUGUUCCUACAACAGACAAACAAUGUUGUUCUCGGCCACCAUGACUGAAGAGGUCAAGGACCUCGCGGCCGUCUCGCUCAAGCAGCCCGUCAGGAUCUUCGUGAACAGCAACACGGACGUGGCGCCGUACCUGCGCCAGGAGUUUGUGCGCAUCCGAGCCAACCGCGAGGGCGACCGCGAGGCGGUGGUGGCGGCUCUGCUCACCAGAACCUUCCAAGACCACGUGAUGGUCUUCACGCAGACCAGGAAGCAAGCGCACAGACUGCACAUCCUGCUGGGUCUCAUGGGCCUCAAGGUCGGGGAGCUGCACGGAGAACUCAGCCAGAACCAGAGACUGGAGAACCUCAGGCGUUUUAAGGACGAGCAGAUCGACAUCCUGGUGGCGACGGACGUGGCGGCCAGAGGUCUGGACAUCGACGGCGUCAAAACGGUGAUCAACUUCACCAUGCCGUCCACGGCGAAGCACUACGUCCACCGCGUGGGCCGCACGGCCAGAGCGGGCCGCUCGGGCCGCUCGGUGUCGCUGGUCGGCGAGUCGGAGAGGAAGACGCUGAAGGAGGUCAUCAAGUCGGCCAAGAACGCCGUGAAGGCUCGCGUGCUUCCUCCGGACGUCAUCCUGAAGUUCAGAGAUCUCAUUUCCAAACUGGAAAAAGACGUGGACGCCGUGCUGACGCUGGAGAGGGAAGAGCGAGAGAUGGCUGCCUCAGAGGCCAAGUUGAGCGUGGCCCAGAAGCGCCUGGAUGGCUCCGCCUCCAACGAAACGCAGCGAGUUUGGUUCCAGACGCAGCAGGAAAGGAAGCAGAGUCGCGUGAACAAGGCGCUGCAGGAGUUCGACUUGGCGCUGCGAGGGAAGAAGAAGCGAGACAAGUUUGUGAAGGACGGCAAGAAGAAAGCCAUGACGAUGGAGGAGCGCGCUCAGUUCGAGAUCCUGAAGGCUCAGAUGUUCGCCGAGCGAGCCGCCAAGCGCGAGCGCCGACCCAAGAGAGCCCGAGCCAUGCCCGAGGACGAGGCGCCCCCUAAAGCAGCCAAUCAGAAGGCAGGAAAAGAAGGCAACGCGAGGCGCAAGUCUGCCUUCGACAGAGAGUUGACCAACGUCAGCAACAAAGCCCUCAAACACUACAGAGCGGGGCCGUCCUUCAAAGACAGGAAACGCCUUGGUCUGGACAGGAAGCGCCCAGGAAACUCCAGGUUCAAGAGGAAGUGAGCGGGUCCAAAACAGCGUCUAUUUGUCUCUUUUCAAAUGUGUAAAUGCUCCUUUUGUUGUUUUGAAAUAAAGUCAUAAGUGGCACAAAUACAAACCUUCA